ACGAUUGCCUAUAAAUAGUCGCUCACCCUCCCUCGGCUCGUUAGCUCCCAAAACCAAAACCCUAGAGGAAAGGCGAGCGGCGAACAAGCCUUCCGGAUCUAAGGUUAGGGUUUUGAGAGGAGCAAACGUUCGGCGGCGAUGACCUUCAAGCGUAGGAAUGGCGGCCGCAACAAGCACGGCCGCGGGCAUGUCAAAUUCAUCCGCUGCUCCAACUGUGGGAAAUGCUGCCCCAAGGAUAAGGCCAUCAAGAGGUUUCUUGUGAGGAACAUUGUGGAGCAAGCUGCAGUGAGAGAUGUGCAAGAGGCCUGUGUUUAUGAUGGGUAUACUCUUCCGAAGCUCUAUGCGAAGAUGCAGUACUGCGUUUCCUGUGCAAUCCACUCUCAUGUGGUCAGAGUCAGGUCUCGCGAGGCCAGGAGGAACCGUGAGCCUCCCCAGCGCUUCAGACGCAGGGAUGAUAUGGCUAGGCCUGGGCAAGGCCCUCGUCCUGCUGGAGCUGCUAAUUUGGGCCGCCCAUGAUGCUUUGAAGUGCUCAGCCAUCAAAAGACUGUUCUCUUUAGUUGAUUCCUCUGGCAUCUUAAACAAUCUCUUCUGAGUAAGAGGUUGUGGACUUAAUGUAGAAAUUAGGAAUUACUUCAAGUUUGAUAUGCUUUAUGUGAUUCGUAUUUUCUUUUUUGAUCAAAUUUUAAGCAUCGGUGUUAUCGGUGACUUUGUUUGGAUGCUAUAUGUUAUAUGACUUUGUCUUGAGCCUCAUCCAAUUCUCAUUAAUAACCUGUAGUACAGGACCUGUCUUCAAAUGGGUGCCGGAUUUUCUGUAGGAUGUGUCAUCCUUCUCAAUUUGGUUAAUUUGGUGUA